AUGCUGGGCGCGCCGCAGUGGUGGAUCGGCAUUGCCAUUACCCUGGCGAGCAAUGUGCUCAUUUCGCUAGCACUCAACUGCCAGAAGCUCGCGCACAUGCGCCUCGGCGCGGCCACGCCGUCGGAGCCGUCCGAGCACACGCCGCUCGCGCGCAGCGCCCGCCCGUCGUACCUGCGCAGCCGGCUCUGGUGGCUCGGGUUCACGCUCAUGGCGCUCGGCGAGACGGGCAACUUUCUCGCCUACGGCUUCGCGCCUGCAUCGCUCGUAUCGCCGCUUGGCGCGGUAUCUCUCCUCUCAAAUGUGGUCAUCGCGCCCACGCUCUUGCACGAGCCGCUGAUCGCGCUCGACCUCGUGGGCCUCGCCCUCGCGGUCGUCGGCGCCGUGGCAGUCGUCAGCAGCGUGGGCCCCUCGCACGCCGAGCCGCUCGGGCCGCGCGCGCUGUGGGCCGCGCUCCUCCGCCCGACGUUCGUGGUGUAUGCCGGCGCAGCGCUCGUCCUCGGCCUCGUGCUCGUGCUCGUAUGCCACUCCCCCCUCGGCCACCGCUCGCUGCUCGCACACAUCGGCGUGUGCGGCGUGUUUGGCGGCUUUACCGUGCUGGCGACCAAGGGCGUCUCGUCGCUUCUGGUGCACGCGCCCAGCGCGCCGCUCCUGCGCACGCCGCUCUUCUACCUGCUCCUCGCCGUGCUCGUGUCGACGGCGCUGCUGCAGCUCGUGUACCUGAACCGCGCGCUCCAACGCUUUGACUCACGCCAUGUGAUCCCUACGCAAUUCGUCCUCUUUACCGUGUCGACCAUUGUCGGCUCCAGCAUCCUGUACCGCGACCUGGCCGCCCUCUCCUGGACGCGCUGCGCCGCCUUCGUCGGCGGCUGUGCAUGCACGUUCCUCGGGGUAUUCGUGCUGACGUGCGACUUGGCCUCCGACGACGCGCCCGCGCCCAGCCCGGCCCCGCCGGCGAUUGUCGUGCACGCCGACGCGCCGCCUGCCCGCAGCGAGCCGGUCGCCGUGCCCGACGCGCCGCGGCCCACGCGCCACCUCCGCUCGCAGUCGCUCUCGGGCGCCGAGCCUCCGCGCGCACGCGCCUCGCUGCGGCGCCUGGCCACGACGCUCCUGGGCCCGGCGCCGACGCCGCAUGCGCGCGCGUCGCUCCGUGCGAUGCAGCGCCGGCGCCUGCCGUCGCGUCCGUCGCUCGUCGCGGAGCUGCGGGGCACCGACGGCGACACGCCCAUGGUGCUCGGCCUCAGCCCCGGGCGCCACCUGCUCGUCUCCGGCUCCGACACGCCGCUGAGCCAGUCGCCCUCGCACACAUAG